AUGAAGAGAGAAUGCUGCUCGAAAGGCCGGGGAAUUUAUCUUCCCAUCGUCUCAGUUGUGUUAUGGAUCCUUCUGUGGAGUUGGUACACAGCUCCGACUGGGCUGCCUUCUAUAGCUGUGCCUGGAGAGAAGACCCAUCUCACAGAUCAUCAACUAUCCGAAUCGCCUCAUGUAGAGAGCCCUGAUGCGCUGCGUCCGCAGAUCCGUUUGCAUCCAGAGAGCUACAUGUACAGAGAGUCCGUGACGCAAUACAAGCACUGGACGGUUACUGCAGAGGACCUUCGCCCAGACGGGGUGCUGAAGCGUGUAUACCUGAUCAACGGCAUCUUCCCCGGUCCGACGGUGGAAGCGCGCUCUGGCGAUGUCGUGGUCAUCAACGUUACCAAUCAUCUCCUAGAUGAUUCUUUCACCGUGCACUGGCAUGGUCUUCACAUCGAGAACUCUAUGGACGGCGUCGCAAGCGUAACACAGAAUGCAAUCCCUCCGGGGUCAUCCUUCACCUAUCGGAUUGUCAUCCCCUCCGACCAAAGCGGCACCUUUUGGUAUCACGCUCAUGCGGGCUUAGCCCGCGCUGAUGGUCUCUACGGCGGCUUCGUAGUGCACCCCGCGGCUGCCAAAUCGACGGCCCACGGACUGACGAGUCGAAGGGGGAGCAUUGAUCCUAAGUCAGAAAAAGAUGUGUUGCUCCUGGUCGGCGAUUGGUACCAUCGAUCCGGGCCAGAGGUCAUGGCAUGGUAUAUGCGUGCUGGCUCAUUUGGAAACGAGCCAGUACCUGAUUCUCUCUUGAUCAAUGGCUUGGGACAGUUUAAUUGCUCGAUGGCUGUCCCUGCAAGGCCGGUAGAUUGCAUCCAUCAUCCAAUGAACCUAUCGCAGAUUCUACCAACAGAUGGAGUUUACAAACUACGAGUAGUAAACACGGGGUCUCUUGCCGGUUUGACACUCACAUUCAACAAUCAUAAUGUUACUGUCCUCGCUGUUGACAGCAUGCCGGUGGAGGCUCGGAACGGUCAAUCCGUGGGAGUGCUAUAUCCUGGACAACGCAUGGACCUGCACAUCCAACAGACUAGUGAAGACACACCGUCUCUAUUAGAGGCUCACCUCGAUGAAGAAUGCUUCAGAUACCCAAACCCCGCGCUGACAUCUACCCAAACAUUUUUCAUCUCUUCAUCAGUGCAUACUCCAGAUGGAUCUCCAAGCCCUGAUAUGGGCUCAGCUCCAGGCUCAGAGCCCGUCUCCAUCGACAUACACGAUCUCCCAUCCGCAGGGCACAUACUGUCGCAGCUCCCUCAAACCGCUACGGUCAACACGACAGAGGUAGUAUAUACCAAAAUCCAAAAGCUAUCGAUCCGACACAACGUACCAUACGGCUUUUUCAACAGGACCUCCUGGGUUGCUCAGGCCGAUCCGCCAAUACCCUUGAUUGACCUGCAACGCGAAAAAUGGGAUAGAAACCAGCUCAGUAUUGCAGUCAGCGGUCCUUCUAGCAAUGCGGGAGCCGAGAGUGAGGCAAUGUGGGUAGACCUGGUUGUGAAUAAUCUUGACGAUGGGGGACACCCAUUUCACCUGCACGGUCAUCACUUUUACAUCUUGGCCGUCCACAAAGCCGCCAUCGGAUGGGGAUCCUAUAAUCCCUUCACAGACGAUGCUCCUCCUGGACUGGAUAAAGUCAAACAUCCCUAUACGAAUGGAUAUGACCUGUCUCGCGCAAUGUUUCGAGACACAGUCUACAUCCCUAGUCGUGCUUAUGCGGUCCUGCGCUUCAGGGCGGAUAAUCCGGGGAUCUGGAUGUUCCAUUGUCAUAUUUUGUGGCAUUUGGCGAACGGAAUGGCCAUGCUCGUUGAUGUGCGACCGACUCUUACUUCCUAA